AUGGAUUUAAUACGGAAAAACUGGCAGGUGGACUUUGUAAGGGAUCUGUUGUACAUCUUGGCUGCGAAGUUACGUCAUCUGAAAGGUAUGCUUCGGGCCUGGUCAAGAGAAUCUUUUGGCAAUAUUUUUAACAUGGUUAUGGUGGUAAAGUGGGAGGUGUCACAGUUGGAAGUUUGUUUUGAUGAAAACCCCUCAGAUCAUCACCGCAUCCAUUUGAUUGAGUUGAGUGCAAAGCUUUGUAAUGCGCAGGUUAAUAAGGAUAUGUUCUGGCAUCAUAAAGCAAAAUUGCAAUGGCUCUCGAAUGGGGAUAGGAACUCAAAAUUUUUUCAUGCUGUUGUGACUAAACGGAGGCAUAAAGCAGUUAUCCAUCGGAUUAGAUCCAGGAGUGGCGAAUGGUUGGAAGCGGAAGUUGAGAUUGCAAAGGAGGUUGUAUCCUAUUUCCAGGAGCUAUUUUCAACUAAUUCGGGUCCUCUUCAUUCUCAAGUGUUAGACGUGAUUCCAAAGCAAUUAACUGACCAGGAUAACGCUGAUUUGGAGUGGUUCCCUACCUUAGAAGAGGUUAAAGAUGUUAUUUUCUUCAUGGAUGCUGACAAUGUGGCUGGGUCGGAUAGAUUGGUGAGUAACGUGUGGUUCUCUGUAAUUAUUAAUAAGUCCCCUCAAAGAUUCUUCAAAUCUACAAGGGGGAUUUGCCAAGGUAAUUCUAUCUCCCCAACGUUAUUCAUUGUGGGAGCAGAGAUUCCUAGAGGGUGCCCUGAUAUUAUUCAUCUAGCUUAUACUGAUGACAUGAUGAUAUUUAGUAGUGAGUUGAAGGGUUCUUUACAACUGAUAAUGCGUGUCUUGGAAGCAUAUUGUAAGGUGUCUGGACAGUAA